UUUCAUUGCGGGUCAAAAGUGGUCGAAAAGAGAAUGUACAGCUCAGAUCCAAGUUCAAGUAGUACAACAAGCAACUGCGAACUAUCUCAGAGACUUCGAGCGAUUGAUGAAGUUGAUAAAAAAAUUUUAGAUAUGAUGCGACAAGCACAGUUAUGCAUAGCAGAACUUAGUAAGGAAAAGCAGAUAAGUAAAUCGAAAAUGGAAGAAGCGUCUUCGUCGUUCAAACGUUGCUUAAAUUCCAUAGAAAGCGAUUUAAGUUCUCAAAUGCAAUAUCUGAGCCAUGUCUGCGUCGGAACAGCUCAUCAAGGCUCAACAUUUGCUAGCCAACAAAGCAUUUCGUUGUCCGAGCAAAGUUUCAACGCCCUUAGAGACAAUAUUAAAGCGGUACAACAUAUGUGUAUGCCUUUUAAAACUGAGCCUUGUGAUAGUAUGGAUUAG